GCCGAGGGGGCUAUAUAGCGCCGGGACGGCACCGGCACCGGCAGCUUUCGCUGAGCACAGGAGCCCGCCUCUGGCCGCAGCGCCCGCGCUCCGCUCCGCAGAGGGACCCGCUCCCGGCCGGGACAGCGAGCGAGACUCCGCCGCCAGGCCUGGGACGUGAGCUGGCUGUCGGGGAGCCCGGCCCGCCUUCGGCUGCGGACUGAGGGGACCGCACUGGGCUCUGGCUGCGCUCGGAGCCCGCGCCCGUCCCCGUGGUGCCUGGGACUGCGCGCUCGCCAGCGGCCGCCUGCUCCUCUCGCUCCUGCCCAGCUCACGUCUCGCCGAGCCGCAGCAGAGCGGCUAACAUGAUGGCAGCCAAGCAAGCCGAGCUCAUGGGCAUCUGCUCCAGCUACCAAGCGGUCAUGCCUCAUUUCGUGUGCCUCGCCGAGGAAUACCCCCAGCCCAUCCGCCCCGCCAAGAUCCCCAAGGGCAAGCCGAGGAGACCGAGGCAGUCCCGCUUCAAGACCCAGCCGGUGACUUUCGAUGAGAUCCAGGAGGUGGAGGAGGAAGGGGUCUCCCCCAUGGAGGAGGAGAAAGCCAAGAAAUCCUUCCUGCAGUCCCUAGAGUGCCUGAGGAGGAGCACCCAGAACCUGAGCCUGCAGAGAGAGAAGCUCAGCAGCUGCAAGCUGCGGAACAGUUUGGACUCGAGUGACUCGGACUCUGCCCUGUGAAGGGACCUUUGGGGCUCCGUGAUCACCCAUCACAGCAGCUUUGCAAACACACUCGACAGAGAGAGAAGGGACUGUGCGUGCUUCGUAGUGAAGCCUGCAGCCGCGAGACAUAAGCGCAAGAACUUUAUAGUUAUAUUUUUCAAGGGAGACUAUUUGUGGAGAUCCUUGCUACCGAGAAUUGCUUUCCAAAUAACGGCCAUUGGACACUCUUUUGUAUUAUAGGUUAGAUCCUAACUGUUAGUCAGUAUGGCAAGGGGGGACUUUGAAGGGACCAUGAUGAAGGCUUUAUUUAAGAAGGGGGUGAAGUUCCUUUGAAUUAUCCUCCUGAUAAAGAACCAGUCGGGAGUGGGAUAGAUUCCAAGAGCAAUUUGCAAGUAAGGUCAGGAUGUUUUCUAAGAAAGCACUUUUAUGUUUGUUUCUAUUCGGGUGUAUGAAAGUUCUGAUUUGAAAAAAAACUUUUCUAUUUGUUAAAAGAAAUCUGAGCUGUUUUGGAUGCAGUGAGCUGCUGGACUUUAUAUUUAUUUUUGCAUUUAAAUUGUUGACUGCAUUAAUUUAAUAUCUUUCUACCUGAAUGUCUGUUAUUAUUUCCAUAAAAGAAAUAAAACUCAAUAUAUUUGCAUAGUG